ACGCACCCAAAUAAUAAAAAAUAUUGAUAAAACUUGAUGUAAAUAAAUGAAAAUGAGUUCGAAUAAUCCGAGCUCAUCGAAAACUGAAGUGAGCACACCGCCGAAGAAAUUGCCAGCCUUUAAGUUGUACUUUCCUGUCAAGCAGAAGAUCGGUUUCUCAACUGGCAAUUACCCAAAUCGAGUUUCAGUGGUCAGUUCAAAAUUUUAUUCGAAAACUUAUCCAUUUGCGUAUAAGGAAUGUGACUUGAGGAAAUGCAUAGACAUAUUAACGAGUAAUGGACCGAAACAGAAGUACAAUGUACCCAUAACUGAAAAUCAGAGAUAUGGUUGGUACGACUUCGGAGGGUACGAUCGAAACUUACACAAGCAAAUCAAGUUUACAAAAAACACCCAUCAAUUAGUAAAAGAGCACUUAAUGAACUACGCUAAAAUAAGAGAAUAGAAACUGACCUGUUCGGGAACCAUCUCGACUAGCUCCAAGAUCAAUAUCAAUUUUUUCAGCUGUUCCGGCGACCGUGGGGUCAUCGGCACGUACAUUUCCUAAAA